AUGUCGGGGGAGAAGCUCCCUGACGGGGAGAAACUGCCCAGCACGGCAAACUCAGAAACAACAAAAGAGCUUGGCGAACAGCUGGAUUCGAACUCUGUUGAGACUCGAGUUGAGGGUCAGCGCUCAUCCAACGAACUCGCCAGAGUGCAAACGGGAGUCUCUGUUGAGCAGGCCGAAGCCCAAUUUGCUGUCCUACAGCGAGAAUUUACUGGUGUAUCUCGAGCAAGCCGCAAGAAUAAACAUCAGUCAUCAUCCGAUCCUGAGAAGGGAGCCACGGUCACAGCAGAAGAUGACGCCGACGAUGUCUCUCUCUUCGACCUGGAGGCUGCCAUGAGAGGUGACGUCGAUGCUAGCGCACAAGCUGGAAUCCGAUCCAAGCAUAUUGGAACCUGCUGGGAUGGCCUGACGGUUAGAGGCAUUGGUGGCUUUACCAACUUUGUCAAGACCUUCCCUGAUGCCGUCGUCGACUUCUUCAACGUCAUCACUCCGGCACUGAGUAUGGUCGGCCUCGGCCCCAAAUUCACAGAGGCCACGCUGCUCGAUAGCUUCCAGGGCGUGUGCAAGCCCGGAGAGAUGAUCUUGGUUUUGGGAAAGCCUGGAUCAGGUUGCACGACCUUCCUCAAGACAAUUGCCAAUCAGCGCUACGGAUAUACUGGCGUUCAAGGAGAUGUCUUUUACGGCCCAUGGACAGCCCAAGAGUUUGACCGAUACCGCGGCGAGACUGUCUACAACGCUGAAGAUGAUAUCCAUCAUCCCACGCUGACUGUUGAGCAAACCCUGGGCUUCGCUUUGGACGUCAAGAUGCCUGCUAAGCGACCCGGAAGCAUGACCAAGACCGAGUUCAAGGAGCAUGUCAUUUCCUUACUCCUCAAGAUGUUCAACAUUGAGCACACCAGAAAGACCAUUGUCGGCGAUGCUUUCGUCCGAGGUGUCUCUGGUGGUGAGCGGAAGCGUGUCUCCAUCGCCGAGAUGAUGAUCACGAAUGCCUGCAUCCUCUCGUGGGAUAACAGUACCCGUGGUCUCGAUGCCAGUACCGCACUCGACUUCACCAAGAGUUUGCGAAUCCAAACCGACCUCUACAAGACCUGUACAUUCGUCUCCCUGUACCAAGCCUCUGAGAACAUUUACAACUUGUUCGACAAGGUCAUGGUCAUUGACGAGGGACGUCAAGUCUACUUUGGACCCGCAAAGGAAGCUCGUGCCUACUUUGAAGGCCUCGGCUUUCUGCCUCAGCCCCGACAAACGACGCCCGACUACGUGACUGGCUGCACCGACGAGUUCGAACGCGAAUAUCAACCCGGUCGAUCCCCCGAAAAUGCCCCUCACAGCCCCGACUCUCUUAUGGCCUCUUUCAAGGCGUCUCCCUACCAAAAGAUGAUUGAAAACGAAAUCGCCGAAUACAAGGCUAACCUCGAGCAAGAGAAACAGCAGCACGACGACUUCUUGGUUGCCUUUAAGGAGGGCAAGCGCGGUACAUCGAAGCGGAGCGCCUACCAAGUUGGUUUCCACAUUCAGGUCUGGUCCAUCAUGAAGCGACAGUUUAUUCUCAAGCUUCAGGAUCGUUUCAAUCUUACUGUUGGCUGGGCUCGCAGUAUCUUGGUCGCUAUUGUUCUCGGUACCCUCUAUCUUAACCUUGGUCAAACCUCUGCCAGUGCUUUCAGCAAAGGUGGUCUCUUGUUCGUGGCACUCCUCUUCAACGCAUUCCAGGCCUUCUCAGAACUUGCUGGAGUUAUGACGGGACGUGCGAUUGUGAAUAAGCACAAAGCAUACGCCUUUCAUAGACCUUCAGCCCUUUGGAUUGCUCAAAUUUUUGUCGAUCAGGCGUUUGCGGCCUCUCAGAUCUUGAUCUUUUCCAUCAUUGUAUACUUUAUGACGGGUCUGGUUCGAGAUGCAGGCGCAUUCUUCACUUUCUAUCUGAUGAUUCUCUCCGGUAACAUUGCGAUGACGCUCUUUUUCAGAAUUCUCGGCUGUAUCAGUCCGGAUUUUGACUACGCCAUCAAGUUUGCCGUCGUCAUCAUUACGCUCUUCAUCACGACAUCCGGCUAUCUUAUUCAGUACCAGUCUGAAAAGGUCUGGCUUCGAUGGAUCUACUGGAUCAACGUUUUGGGUCUCGCGUUCAGCUCUCUGAUGGAGAACGAAUUCGAAAGAAUCGAUCUCACUUGCACUGCUGAAUCGCUUAUUCCCUCAGGGCCUGGAUACGACGACAUCAACCAUCAAGUCUGUACCCUUCCCGGUUCUACUUCUGGCACGACCUUUGUUAGGGGCCGAGACUACAUCUCCAGUGGAUUCCAGUACCUUCCCGGUGAUUUAUGGCGCAAUUGGGGUAUUGUCAUGGCCUUGAUUGUCUUCUUCUUGGGUUUGAACGUGCUGCUUGGUGAAAUCAUCAAGUUCAACAUGGGAGGAAGCUCAUUCAAGGUUUACGCAAAGCCUACCAAAGAGCUGGAAACCUUGAAUGCGGCCUUGACCGACAAGCGUGAUGCCAAGCGAAGGGACAAAUCUAAUGAGCAAGGCUCUGAUCUGACCAUGAACUCUGAAAGCGUUCUGACUUGGGAGGAGCUCAACUACGAUGUCCCCGUUCCCGGCGGUACUCGACGACUCCUUAACAACGUCUUCGGUUACGUGAAGCCUGGCGAGCUGACCGCGCUCAUGGGUGCUUCUGGUGCUGGUAAAACCACUCUUCUCGACGUCUUGGCUGCCCGUAAGAAUAUCGGUGUCAUUUACGGAGACGUCCUGGUUGAUGGUGCCAAGCCCGGAAAACAGUUCCAGCGAUCUACCUCUUAUGCUGAGCAGCUUGAUGUCCACGAGCCUACCCAGACAGUCCGUGAGGCUCUGCGAUUCUCUGCGGAGCUGCGCCAACCCUACGAAACUCCCAUUCCCGAAAGACAUGCCUAUGUCGAAGAGAUUAUCUCCCUGCUGGAAAUGGAAAACAUUGCCGACUGUAUCAUUGGAUCUCCCGAGGCUGGAUUGACCGUCGAACAGCGCAAGCGUGUUACCAUCGGAGUCGAACUUGCUGCCAAACCCGAACUGCUCUUGUUCUUGGAUGAGCCCACCUCCGGCUUGGACAGCCAGAGCGCUUUCAACAUUGUUCGCUUCUUGAAGAAGCUGGCCGCCGCCGGCCAGGCAAUUCUCUGCACGAUCCACCAGCCCAACGCCGCGCUGUUCCAGAACUUUGACAGGCUUCUUUUGCUGCAGCGAGGAGGACGCACCGUGUACUUUGGCGAUAUCGGAAAGGAUGCUGCUAUUCUGCGUGCCUAUCUGAAGCGCUAUGGUGCUGAAGCCGCCCCGACCGACAACGUUGCUGAGUAUAUGCUAGAGGCCAUUGGUGCCGGUAGCAUGCCCCGUGUUGGCGACCGCGACUGGGCCGACAUCUGGGAGGAUAGCCCUGAAUUUGCUCAUACUAAGGAUGCCAUUAUCGAAUUGAAGCGAGAGCGCGUCUCCGCCAGCAACCAGGCUGGCCACAAGCUCGAGAAGGAAUACGCCUCGCCUCUUUACCACCAAAUGAAGAUUGUUGUUCGCCGCAUGUUCCGCUCUUUCUGGCGAUCGCCAAACUACCUGUUUACCCGCUUGUUCGCUCACAUUGCCGUCGCUCUGAUCACUGGUCUCACCUAUCUCAACCUGGACGACUCCAAGGCUUCGCUGCAGUACAAGGUGUUCGUCAUGUUUCAGAUCACCGUCCUGCCCGCCAUCAUCAUGUCCCAGGUCGAAAUCAUGUACGCCAUCAAGCGUGCUCUUUUCUUCCGCGAGUCUUCGUCCAAGAUGUACUCCACCACCUCAUUUGUUGCGGCCAUCAUUCUCGCUGAGAUGCCUUACUCCGUGCUGUGUGCCGUCUGCUUCUACCUGCCUCUGUACUUUAUGCCUGGCUUCCAAACGACCCCUUCGCGCGCCGGUUUCCAGUUCUUCAUGGUUCUCAUCACUGAGCUCUUCUCUGUCACGCUCGGCCAGGGUCUCUCCGCACUGACACCUUCGCCUCGUGUCUCCACCCAGUUCGAUCCUUUCAUCACAAUCAUCUUUGCUCUCUUCUGCGGUGUUACCAUCCCGCCCUCUCAGAUGCCCGAAGGCUGGCGCGUUUGGCUCUACCAGCUCGACCCAUUCACUCGUCUCAUCGGUGCUUGUGUCACCACUGCCCUUCACGACCUCCCUGUCGUAUGCAAGAGCAGCGAGCUGAACCGAUUCACCGCCCCCAACGGCACGACCUGUGGUGAUUACAUGGCGCCCUUCUUCGAAAGAGGAGCUUCUGGCUACCUGGUCUCCAACUCCACCCAGAACUGCGAAUACUGCCAGUACGGCGUUGGCGAUGAGUUUUACAACCCGCUAGGCUUGAGCUUUGACCACCGCUGGAGAGAUUUGGGUAUCUUCCUCUGCUUUGUUGGCAGCAACAUUAUUAUCCUCUUCUUGGGUAGCAAAUUCGUCAACUAUAACAAGCGGUAG